AUGACUUACAUAUUAAAUGCGGACCGAUUGUUCAAGCAUGACCUGGCCUUGGCUGCUCUGACUGAGCACAAAGUGACCAGUCGGAAAUGGAACCCCCGUGAAUUCACGAUGCCAUUGGUACAUGCACCCGGGCAGCGACAGACACAAUGCAUUACGAGGGAUGGAACUGGACAUGAUCCGCCCCAGAUUCCGGCCAAAGCCGAGCAUCCUACCCCCCCUUCUUCGGCCUCACCCAUUAUUCCCGCGAUAUCCCAGCUUGUCAAGGUCCCGGCGGAUCGGAUCAUAUCUGCCGAAACCAGCACACCAGCUCCCAGUCCACCAAAAGCUAAGGCAAUCGAAGAGGAUGUCACCAUGGGUUCCCCGAGCACAGGACCGGCCGACAACAACAGUUUCUCCUUGUCGGAAACACUCUGCACCGAAGCGGAUCCAUCCGGUGAUUCUGACAUUGAGGUCAUCGAGUCCCCAAUGAACAAGCUCGUUUAUCGGAAGCCACGGCAUGGGUCCCGGGCCCCCUCUCCGAUCAUUAUAUCAGACUCAGAGCCUGACAGGACAGCUUUCGGCGAGACUGGAUUGCUGUUCGAACCAUCCCCUGAAAUGAUAUCCUGCAGUAGCACUUCUGACGAAAGCACCGAUCGCAUUCCUCACUUCCCGGACAGUGUGCAACCUCCCCUUCAGCAGGUUAUAGUCUCCGAGGGCCAGCAGAACUGGACCAGGUUGCCUUACCUGUUUCAGGAAGGCGAGCUGCCCGAGGACCUCAUACCUGCGGGGGCCCCGCUGGCACUGGCGCCAGAUGACUGGGAGCCAUUGGUGGGGGGCGGUGGACUGGUCGCAAAAACAUCACAUUGUCACCGAAUCACUCAAGCGCCAUUCCUGAAGAUGGGAUCGCAGCAAAUCACUUUCAUAUCUUACAGCACGGUCCUUGGUUCGCCGCCGAACACUCGCCAGCCCUCGGCGCCGCGCGUUGGUCAGUAUGCGGCGCCGAGGGUUGGCCACUUUGCGGCGCCGCGCGUUGAUUUAGCAGACCGUGUUGUCUCGAGCAUGGAGUCUGCACCGAUGGGCAGGAUGUACACAUCUCCAGCUGAGGCCACCGCUCCCCUGGAUCCCUUUCACAAUCUCUGGACCAGGGACAGUGGGACGCCUCUCCAAUGGCCUCGCACCGUAAUCGGACCGUCUUACAGUGGCCAAGCUCCUACGGCUUUUUCGGAUCUUCUUCAUCAGCGGACGAUACUGGAAUCCCGGAUUGAAUCCUUGGAGCAGCUGCGACGUUCCAAUGCCCUCAAUGCAAGAACAGUAGGCUGGGUUCUGGCAUAUUACAAUUGCGCUGAGUGGCCUCAGGCACCUCAGCAGUGA